GUCCGGACACCCCUGUUCCCGGCCGGGGGCAGAAGCGCGGGUUUCAGUCUCCGGCGCUCUGUUUUGCUCUCCGGCGCCGCGUCCCUGCCCCCUCCAGAGCGAGUCCAGCGGCCAGCAGCAUCGCCGGGUAGGCUCAAGAGGCCCUCAGAGUACGCAGGUUCCCUGGGCUAGCAGGUGGCACAGCCAAAAGGUGGAACCCUGCUCCUGAAUCCUAGACCCUAGCUCUGCGCCACCUCUCAUGCAGACCGUAAGGGUCUUCCAGUAUGCCCAGGCACUGCAUGGAGCUUCUAGCAUACUGAGAUGGCCAAACUGAGGAUCCAUGAGCACAAAUGGCAAAACCAAGGUCAAACAGUGAGCCCCAGGUGUGUCCCAGAGGGAUCCAGGUGACUUCUCUGCCGACUCUUUGUCAUGACACCCCACCGAGGACAGGGAGAAUAAAGCGGGCAUCCUCCCCCAUGCCCCUCCCAUGGUCAGGUCCCCAAUGGCCUGGGUGAGGGCAGGCUGGCUGCUCUGACACCAUGGGGAGCUGCUGCGGCUGCCUGAACAGAGACACUGUCCCAGACAACCACCCCACCAAGUUCAAGGUGACGAAUGUGGACGACGAGGGGGUGGAGCUGGGUGAGGGGGUGAUGGAGCUGACCCAAAGCGAGCUGGUGCUGCAUUUGCAGCGGCGCGAGGCCGUGCGCUGGCCCUACCUGUGCCUGCGGCGCUAUGGCUAUGACUCCAACCUCUUCUCCUUUGAGAGCGGCCGCCGCUGCCAGACCGGCCAGGGGAUCUUUGCAUUCAAGUGCUCCAGGGCAGAGGAAAUCUUCAGCCUCCUUCAGGAUCUGAUGCAGUGCAACAGCAUCAACGUGACGGAAGAGCCAGUCAUUGUCACCCACAGCAGCCACCCCGCCGAGCUCGACCUCCCUCGAACCCCUCAGCAGCCCAAUGCUGUAGGAUACACUGUCUCCAGCUUCUCCAAUGGCUUCCCCAGCUGCCCGGGAGAGGGCGCACGAUUCUCUGCUCCCCGGCGGCCAUCUUCGAGCAGCCUUCGACACGCCUCACUCGGGGAGGAGUCCACAAAUGCCCUCAUUGCCCCCGAUGAACAGUCACACACCUAUGUCAACACUCCAGCCGGCGAGGUUGACCACCGCAGGAGCCGGCACUGCCUGCAGCCACUGCCCGAGGGGCGGACGCCCUUCCCCUCACAGGCCCGGGAGCCCAGCCCGAGGGACCCGCAGGUCUUCCUGCAGCCAGGCCAGGUGAAGUUCGUGCUGGGACCCACGCCUGCCCGGCGGCAUGUGCUCAAGUGCCAGAGCCUCUGCCCCAGCCUGCAGGAUGCGCCCCACCACAACAACAACAACGAAGGGCCCUCGGAGUGCCCCGAGCAGCCCAAGUGCACCUAUGAGAAUGUGGGCGGCGGGCUGCGGCGAGGUCCUGGCUGGAGACUGAGCCCGGAAGAGCCAGGCUGGGGCGGCCUGGCCCACCGCCGCGCCGCACUGCUGCACUAUGAGAACCUGCCCCCGCUGCCCCCUGUGUGGGAGAGCCACAGCCAGCUGCAAGCUGGGGAGCCUGGGGACGAUGGGGACUCACGGGAUGGGCUCACACCCUCCUCUAAUGGCUUCCCAGAGGGGGAGGAGGAUGAGACCCCACUGCAGAAGCCCCCCAGCUCUCGGGCCACUGGCCGCAGCCACAGUGGCUUUCCCGUGCCCUUGACCCGCCGCCGCGGCUCCCCAAGGAUCUUCAGCUUCGACUUCCGCCGCCCAGGCCCUGAGCCCCCGCGGCAGCUCAAUUACAUCCAGGUGGAACUCAAGGGCUGGGGUGGGGAGCCGCCCAAGGGGGCCCAGACCCCUUCCACACCCAGGGCCACAGGGCCCAGCUCGGACUCGUAUGCUGUGAUUGACCUUAAGAAGACUGCGGCCAUGUCCAGCCUGCAGCGGGCACUGCCCCGAGACGAUGGCACCGCCAGGAAGACACGGCACAACAGCACCGACCUGCCUCUCUAGGUCCCUCCGUCACCACCUCCAGGGCUGAAGGCACCGAGGCAAACGGGAGCUUCCCCACGCUGCUGGUGUUCUGCCCGUGCCACCCGAGGCUCCUGGUCCCCAAGCUGGGGAGGGGAGGGUGGCCAGCUGAGGAGGAGGCCUCGAUGCCAACUGUGAAGGGUCCUUGUGAUUACGUUUCUCGCCGUCCCCUUACGUCCAUUUGUCUUGUCAGCUGUCUUGUCUGUCCAUCCAUUUGUGUGUGCUUUUUUGGUUGGAAUUUUGAAACAUUUUGU